AUGGAAGCCGCCGGCACCCAUCCACCCCGCUCCGCUUGGUGGCGCGAGGGCGGCCUCCGUCGCGUCUCUCUAGGCGGCUUAACCGGCUUCGCCGGCGGCGCCUUGUACGCUACCGCGCGCGCCCUCCCCCCCGCCUACGCGCUUAGGGGCGGCCUCGUUUGUGGCGUUUUUACCGCCCCGUUCUUCGCCUUUAGGGAGGUCCUCACCGCAAGGCUGCACAUGGAUGGCCCCAUGGCCUCUACCAUCGCAGGCGGAAUUGCGGGCUAUGUUGGGUCUUUGUUCAUCGCGGGGCCCCAUUGGAAAACCGUCAGUCACUCUGCCAUGGCUGUCGGAAUUGGGUGCGGGUUUGCUGAUAUUGUAGUGUCUAGGUUAGAUUGGCAACGCAAGGUGUACAUAGUCAACCGUCAUGACGCUGCUGUGAAAGCGGCCGCUGAACAGGUCGAGAGCAAGGAAAGCGGCGCCUCCGUGCAGCGUUCCAAUUCCUUCUUCAAGCUUCCCUCUUGGCUCCCAGGCUUGAACGACAUCGACAACGAGUACCAGGAUUUGCUUCGUCGCCAGGAGGCAACCGUCGUCGCUCUCGAGAAGGAACAAGCCCGUAUCGCUGUCUUGUUGGAGGCUUUAGAUCGCGUCAAGUCCGCCACGGAAAUCAUCAACCCGGAAAAGGCCCGACCCGACUUACCUGCCUCAGUUAAUCCCCAAGCACCGCUCUCCAAGGCCAAGGAUUGUCCAUGAGCAAUCUCGUCGCCAAUGCAUCUGUUCGUCUUGAUGACAUCCUCAGCCGUACUUUGCAGUCGUCAUUAAUGCUCAACGAAUACUGGAUGGAGCUCGUGAAUUCAGUCGUCGCUCCUCAUCAUGCAACUACUUUUUUGAUGCAUCGUGUGUCUUGUCACCGAUGUGCACAUACAAGAUAAAUUUAUUUCAAGACAAGCAGCUUACUCGGAGAUCCGCUUUGCCGCCCUGGCAAGAUUUUUUGCUCCGUAGAUUUUAUUUUGACAUGAGGGCUAGUCGUUGGAGCACCACCACCGCCAUGUCACCUUUUCUCAUCUCACAAACAUUGAAUCGAAGGUGUCAAAUGAUCUUUUUGACUCCCGCCUCGUCUUGCUGAAAGUGAGGAACAGAAUAUCUAGUUUCGCGCUCCGCUUCUUAAGACGUGUUUUUUUUUUGCAGGACUACGCAUCCCCAAACAUGAAUAGCUGCUUUGAAAGAUGAGAAGUGACCUGAUUUUAGUGGUAAUGUCUCAGAUGUUCCUCAGGUCAAGUCUCUUUCUCGAUAACGAUAUUCGUUUACAGGCAUUCCCGAUAUGAACAGAAGCGGCAACGCCCUACGGGCGCCGGCAUCGCUUCGCAUCUGACAUGCAUGGAUGUGGAGCAGGAAGUUCAGGGUUCCUGUAUUCCCAAGCGUUUCAAGGGUGACAUCAUGGAAACUGGAAUACAGUUGUUGGGACAAGGAACGCCUCGGACCAGAAAAGGAAUGCCGGUCGCACACCUGAUUAUUCACCUGUGAAUUUGCGAAAAUUUUGCCUUGUCAUUUCUUCGGGGUAUGCCGGCGUUUUCAGUUUUGGUACAGUGUGGACAGAGCACCACAUAUCUGUGGAAGAAGUGAAGGAAAGGUGUUCCCAGAUAUGGAUGGUGGCAAGGCGUGCUUGUACUACGCUGCAUGAAUAGAGCCGCUGCUCUCUUCGCGCACAUGGCUCUUGUUGCGUAACUUGCGUAUGAUAUUGCAACCUUUGUAGAAGCGCAUUAAAGGAUUCACACGUCUCAGUGCAUUCUUUCUUCA